AUGUUGUCUGCCCUCCUGUUCAUUGCCACUGACCUUGUCGCCACUGCUCUGCUCUCUAGUUUGCUAACGCCAGCUUUUGCCGGGAUGGCGAAUUGCAUUGAUGGAGGUAGCAGAGGUAUAUGGGAUAUACCCUUGUCACUUACUGACUUUAAUGUCAUUGUUGCCUUGUUGGGCGGCUUUAUUUCGUUAUUUGGUUUGGUGUCGUAUCUCUUAAAGGAGAACUACUACCUAUCUGAGGCUCGUGAGUCCUUUCUUACUCAUACCUUUCUUUCAUUUCUCCAAUUGAGCAAGCAAAAUCUAGCCCCCUAA